UGUACGAGCUACUAAUGCUGCUUAUGGUGAUGAUGAAGCUGAUGCUGCCUUAAAUUCCCCCCGCCCCCUCACUUUUCUCCUCUCUUAAAAAAACAACAACAAAACCUUCCAUCGGAGGACACCGCAGACCCAUUAGCUGCAGACACGCAGCCACCGAUGGAGCUUCCUGGCCGGGCGCGGCGCGGCACCCAGACUCGCUGCUUUGUGUGGUGCCGCGGAGGUUGAUGUCAUCCCAUUUAGCGUCACAAGCGGACUCAUUUCGUCACACGCUUGCGACACCUGGGUCCCGACACUUCGAGCCGCGUGGCCAUGACGACCAUGUCCAUCCUGGCGCCUCCGUCCCCGCUGUCCGCGCUGUCCCGCUGGUACCUGUACGCCAUCCAUGGCUUUGUGUGCGAGGUCAUGUUCACGGCGUGCUGGGACUUCGCCUUGCACCGCAACUGGAAGCUCCCGGGCGUUACCAGCGUGUGGGCGCUCUUGAUCUACGGAACCUGCAUCCUGGCCAUCGAGCGCUUGUUCCUCCGUCUGCGCGACCGCUUCAACGUGGUCAUCCGCUGCCUCAUCUACACCCUGUGGACGUACGCCUGGGAGCUCAGCACUGGCCUGCUCCUGCGUCGUUUGGGAGCCUGCCCUUGGGACUACUCCAAGUUCCGCUACAAUUUCAUGGGCCUGGUAACGGCCGAGUACAUCGUGCCGUGGUUCUGCGCCGCCUACCUGGUGGAGCGCCUGGUGAUCCAGAACACCCUGCGCCUGCGGCACUACGACGGCUCAGACGACGGCUGGUCCGACCCCAUGGCCGGGGCCCUCAGGGCUGCCCGCCGCGGCGAGAAGACGCUGCGUGCCGCUGGAGUCGGUGGCUUGUUCAAGUGGGACUGAGGACCCGCCACUUGUGUUUGAACCCAAAAAUUCCCCCAAAAUAUUUAAAAAAAGAAAAACUAUG